AUGACGAGUUUCAUAAGCAUUAGUUUGUUACACAAUUGCCGGAGGGUGUCAUCAACACUAGUGUUAAGUGUUUGCAGAAAUGCUUCCACCAAGAACACAGGAAAUGUACCGUUGGCCAAACCUAUCAAAGCCAGAACCGUGUCAGGAAGUGCCGGGCCUCUGACCAUCGCAUCGCAGCUGGGCAACAAUCCAUACUUCGUCAGUCGAGCAUCCAAAGUAACGUCGGCUGCUACCAAUGGAGGAGCGGUUGCACAAGAUGAUGAUUUCAUCGAAGCUGUCGUAUGCCAGGAGUCGGAUAUUGGCGACAAUCAGAUGAAGCAGGUCGAGCUGGGCGAAGGCAAAGUGUUGCUGGUUCGCCAGAACGGGAAGCUGACCGCCAUCGGUAGUAAAUGUUCGCAUUAUGGCGCAAUGCUCGUUACCGGAGCGCUGGGCGAAGGACGCGUCCGUUGUCCAUGGCACGGUGCGUGCUUCAACGUUGAGACGGGCGAUAUUGAAGAUUUCCCGGGUAUGGAUUCGUUACCCUGCUACCGGGUGACCGUCGGCGAGGCGGGCGAUGUGAAAGUGCGCGCUAAGCGCACAGAACUGGCCACAAACAAGCGGGUCCGAGUAAUGGCCAAGCGUGCGGAACAGGACGAACGUACGUACGUCGUCAUAGGUGGUGGCCCAUCCGGUGCAACAUGUGCGGAAACGCUCCGACAGCAAGGAUUCACCGGGCGGAUUGUAAUGAUUAACAAAGAACCAUCCCUACCGUACGAUCGGAUAAAGGUAAGCAAAACGAUGGACAUGGACUUGGAGAAAUGUCUACUGCGCACGCAACAAUUCUACGACGCUAACGACAUCGAGGUGAUGCUGGGUAUUGCGGUGACUAAGCUGGAUGGAGCGACACGGGAAAUUACGCUCGACAACGGGUACAAGAUCCGGUACGAUAAGGCUUACAUUGCGACCGGUUCGAAACCACGCCGACCUCCGAUCGAUGGAGCAGAUUUGGGCAACGUUUGCGUACUGCGUACGGCAGCCGAUGCGAAGCUGGUCAACGAACAGCUUGGCCCGGAAAAGAAGAUCGUCAUACUGGGAACAAGCUUUAUCGGGCUUGAAGCAGCGGCCUACUGUGUCAACAAAGUGACCAAGGUGACAGUCAUUGGACGGGGAGCCGUACCGCUGAAGGAAUCGUUCGGUGAUGCGGUCGGGAAACGGGUCAUGGAGCUCUUCGAGGAGAAGGGUGUAGAGUUUGUGAUGAACUCCGGUAUCCGGCGUUGCAUCGGGGAGGCGGGCACACUGAAACAAGUCGAGCUGACCGACGGAACAAUGCUCGAUGCGGAUGUGUGCAUUUUUGGCAUCGGAUCGACGUUGUAUACAGAGUUUCUCGAAAACUCCGGCAUUACGCUGAAUCGCAACGGAUCGAUCAACACCGAUCAGUAUUUGGAAACGAACGUCGAGGGAGUGUAUGUAGGUGGAGACAUUGCCAAUGCACCGGUUCACUCGAAUGAUGGCCAGCAGGCGACAAUUGGUCACUAUCCGCUGGCGCAGUAUCACGGUCGCGUAGCAGCACUCAAUAUGGCUGGCGUGGCGACACCGCUCAAAGCGGUUCCCUUUUUCUGGACAGUACUGUUCGGCAAGUCGUUCCGCUACUGUGGUUACGGCACUCCGGACGAGGUAGUCGUAGAGGGCGACUUGGCCGCAUUGAAAUUCGUUGCGUUCUACAUCGGUAAAGGGGGUCGUGUGGUCGGUAUGUCAUCGUGCCAGCGGGACCCGGUGGUGGCCCAGUUUGCGGAGUAUUCAUCGCAGGGUAAAGUGUUGCAUAAGGACGAUCUUACACCCAAUCCGUUCGGUUGGAUACCGGCCUAA